UUUCAUCGGUGCACACAAUGAACUUUCACCUUGGUUUAUUGUUUUGGUCCAACGGAUUGUUUUCACGUAUGCAUUGUAGCGAAUGGAAAAAAAUUAAAAUCUAGUGGUACUCUUUAAGAUUUAGUCAAACACGUGCAGACAAUGUAAAUAAUGACCAUGUCGACCAGAUACCGGUGUUGCUUUUGAGAAAGAUGCUUUCGCUAGCAUAAGCUAACGUUAGCUGUGUGGCUAACGUAGCGUACGUAGCUUUGGUAACAACAUGACGAUGAUGAGGAGCGGUGUGUAGCAGCGACCGACCAGACACUGGGUCGCGGCGAUUUCCUGCUUGUCAAUCACCGAUUUCCAGGAUUAUCCUGUCUUUGUGUCUGGAUAGCCACAAAACGUUUUGUUUGUAAGCAAACAAAACUGUAUACAUUUAGGUAACUGCCAAGUUAUUUUCGAAGAGUGUUGGACAUAUACAUUAUUUUGUUUCAAUGGGUGAGGAAAAACCGGACACGCUGGACUUUGUGAAGGAUUUCCAGGAGUAUUUGAGCCAACAGACUCAACAUGUCAACAUGAUAUCAGGCUCUGUCAGUGGUGUCAAGGAGGCAGACGAGCUGCCAGCAGAUUGCAGUCAGAAUGGACUGGAUCAUCCAUCAGUGGACAUGUCACUUGAGGACAGCUCAGGGAUCCUGGUGGAUGGUUUUGAGAGGACCUAUGAUGGUAAACUCAAGUGCCGCUACUGCAACUACGCCACCAGAGGCACAGCCCGACUUAUUGAGCACAUUCGAAUUCACACAGGAGAGAAGCCUCACCGCUGCCAUCUCUGCCCAUUUGCUUCGGCCUAUGAGCGCCACCUGGAAGCUCACAUGCGAUCACACACAGGCGAGAAGCCGUAUAAAUGUGAGCUGUGCUCCUUCCGCUGCAGUGAUCGUAGCAACUUGUCUCACCAUCGCCGCAGACGCCACAAACUCCUGCCAAUGAAAGGUGCUCGCUCACUUUCUCAUAAGAAGAUGCUGAGUGUUUUACAGAAGAAGGCCAGCUCACUGGGCUAUGGCCGCCGGCUCCUCAUCAACUUCAGCCCCCCUUCUAUGGUGGUGCACAAGGCUGACAAUAUGAACGACUUUUCUCAUGAGCUACCCCACUUACAUCAGGAGACCUAUGAUAAUCAAAGUCGAGCAGUCAAGGAUGGACUCUCCACAAAUCAAAAUAACCGCCACCAUGAUAUGGUUAUGGAUAAUCCUCUAAACCAGCUGUCCACCCUGGCAGGCCAGUUGGCCAGCCUCCCUUCUGAGUCCCAGGCUCAGACCCAACUUCCCAUGUCUCCUGGAGCUGAGUCUAUCGUCGAUGAGAAGCCCUUCCUUAUCCAGCAGCCCCACCCUGCCACAGCUCCAGUGGCUGUCACAGCCAGCAUGACCCAUGCUGCCUCCUCCUCUUCCCCAAUCACUCCAGAGCCCCGGGCUCCUCCCCACAGCAAUUGCAGCCCUGGAGGGGGACCCUGCAGUGAGCACAGUGGCCGCACCAGUACCCCUAGUAUCUCUAACAGUCAACCCAGUACGCCAGCCCCAGGCCUGUCCGCAGCGCUCCAGGACCCCCACAUGCUGCAUCACUGCCAGCACUGUGACAUCUACUUUCCAGACAACAUCCUCUACACCAUCCACAUGGGUUGCCAUGGCUAUGAGAACCCAUUCCAGUGCAACAUCUGCGGCCACAAAUGCAAGAGCAAGUACGACUUUGCGUGCCACUUUGCCCGCGGCCAGCACAAGUGAGAUGAAUGAGGAAAGCUUUCAGUGAACUUUUACUGGACGCCUUUGGUUUAUUAAAUCCAAUGUAAUUUUAUUUAUUGGUAUUUUACUUGGCCUUGAUGUAGCCUAGCCUUUAAAAAUUGUACUUAUACAGGAGAAGUCAACAUUCAUAUGGUUUCAUUUUAAAUAAUUAAGGUGCCCAUUUGAGUGUAUUAUGAAGGGAUGAGCAGUGUUUUUGAUAAGUUGAGAAUUUAUUUGUGGUGGUGGAGGUGGAAGGAGUCACAUGCUGUCAGAAAUUAGAAAACCUAGUUCCUUACUUAGUCUAACUAAUCUCAUUUGGUGUAAAAUAUUAAUUACAUUUCAAUUAAUUAACUUAGCCUUUUUUUUUAAUUAAAAGCUCAAAAAUGAAACCAUGCACAUUCUGUUUCUAAAUGUAAAUUUUUUUUCUUGUAUUGAACGAAGAAUACAAGCCCCCCCCAUAUAUUUUCCUUUAUGGAGGUUAAAAAAGACUGUAGCUCACCAGUGCCUUCCAAGAGAGUUACAAGGGGGAAGGGUGUACUCACACAGAAAACUGGUUCAGACUCUCAACAGCGUGCUCCUCUUAAAAAAAAAAAAAAUGCACAUUUCAUAAACAGUCUUUUGCAGGACAGAUCUGAGUGGGCCUCCCAAAUUAAUUCUCAACUCUCCUGGAGUCAUAUUGGCUGAACUCAAAGGAGUCAAACAGCUGACUUCCAGUGGUCUUACUUAAGCCUUGUUGAAAUUAUUUUAGUGCUUGGUGCAUUACUAUUAUUUCUUUGCAGUGCCUGAUAUUGUCACUUUCUUGUUUGUCCAAUAUAGAGAGGACAGUUACUAUGAAGAGUAAUAGAUAUUAUUACAAUAUCCUGUUUAGGCCUAGAACCUUAGGACUCAAGGUUGGCCAUUGUGGUUUUAUAUGGUAGCCAU